GGCGUUAGAAGUUACGUGGAUGUAAACACGGCGUUUCAGCGAGGACUGCAAAUCCCUCCUGCGCCGCUCGUGCUCUGCUGGCUGCGAUACCGCGUCCGUCUCGCUCAGCUGUGUAAGGAGCAACGGCAGAGCCCGGUGCCUGGCGGCGGUGUCUGGCGGAGAGGGACGCUCUCCUCGGGUUACCCCAGCGCACGUAAAGCCGCGAGCAGGACCGGAGGAGCUCGGAGGGAAUUUCUGUGCCUACAGGACACGUUUAACUUACCGAGAGAGAAGAUAGCUGAUGGCAGCUUGUGAGAAGAGAAUAAGGAAGUCGUGACUGGCGGGAGCUACUUCCAUGUGGGCUUCCUGCUGUGGGUUGCUGAAUGAAGUCAUGGGUACUGGAGCUGUUCGUGGCCAACAGGCUGGCUUUGGCGGAGGUACUGGCCCAUUCAGAUUUGCGCCAAAUACAGACUUUUCAGCAUAUCCAUCUCCAGCUGCAGGAGGAGCUAAUAUAGUUUGCAAAGCCUGUGGACUUUCCUUUUCAUAUUUUAGGAAAAAACAUGUGUGUUGUGACUGCAAGAAGGAUUUUUGCUCGCUUUGUUCAGUCUUACAAGAAAAUCUCAGAAGAUGUUCUACUUGUCACUUAUUACAAGAAACAGCAUUUCAGCGACCGCAGUUAAUGAGAUUGAAAGUAAAGGAUCUGCGUCAGUAUCUGAUUCUCAGAAACAUACCAACAGAUACUUGUAGGGAGAAAGAAGACUUGGUGGAUCUCGUGCUGUGCCAUCAUGGGUUAGGUUCUCAGGAGAAUACGGACGCUGGUAGCUUGCAUUCUUCACGGUCACAGACUUCCGCUUUUUUUACUCAUCCGUUUUCUAUGUCUGUAUCAGUGUCUUCUCAAGGAGAACUUGCAAACAGAAGAGGAAGCACAGGAAAUGGAACACCUUUACGGGGACAAACUGAAGCAUCUUUGGUAAAUAAUGAAGAAGAAGAAGAAGAAAGUGCAGAAGAGCAGACCCCUGGGUUGUCCAGAAAGCGAGCGAGGGCAUCUUUGUCUGAUAUUUCAAGUCCGGAAGACAUUGAAGGGUUGAGUGUUCGGCAGCUGAAGGAAAUACUUGCAUGUAAUUUUGUCAACUAUUCAGGAUGCUGUGAAAAAUGGGAACUUGUGGAAAAAGUGAGCAGACUAUACAGAGAGAGUGAGGAAAACCACAAGACACAGGGGGAGAAGCUGCAGCUGAACGACAACGACGAUAACCUGUGCCGGAUCUGCAUGGAUGCGGUGAUCGACUGUGUCCUGCUGGAAUGUGGUCACAUGGUCACGUGCACGAAGUGCGGCAAAAGAAUGAGUGAGUGCCCCAUCUGUCGACAGUAUGUUGUACGAGCAGUGCAUGUAUUUAAAUCUUAAAUGAAGACCAAAAAUGGAUUUUUUAUAGUCGCCCUUUGACUCCAGGAUUUCUGUGAGCAAGAGUACUGAAGCUUGGGCAUAUGGCAGAUUUUAGUGCUCAGAAUAAACCAUAACAUUUUGAACAGCAGGAUAUGAAGUUUGUGAAUCACUUUUCUACAGUGUACUUGAUCUUACAGCUGGGCAGUCUGAUGCCUGUGUGUACAGUAAUAGAGCUGCCUGACUUACCUUCUAAAACCACAAACUGUUCAAGUCAAACUGUUUACAGCUGACCUAGAAUCAUGUCUUGCUCUCUUCUGAAGAAUAUCACCUUUAAUUAUUGCAUUAAGUAUUCAAUAAAUGGUCAGGAAAACACCUUGACCAUAUCGUUAGACUAUUGCACUGUCUAGUGCAUUAGAAGCAAUGAAUUUUAUCAGUUGAGUAUUCAGCUUUUAUGUAAUUAAAUAUAGAAUGUAACUGUUCUGACACUGUUCCUGCAACAGCGUUAACAGUCUAAGAAAUAAGAUUGUAGAACGCACUGCCAUUAACUGUACCUGCACAGACGUUCUUAGGCAAUCUAUUUUUAUGCUGAUUGCUUCAUUCAAAAAUGUCUGUCAUUACCUGUGUAUUGUGUUGGCCAUUCUUUGUAAAUGUGCAACAAGCAUCGUCAUCUUACAGGGCUCUGUCAUGUGGUGUCCAAAUACCCAUUGUUUUUUUUUGAAGUUUCGGAGUAAGAAUUUUUUUUUUUUUAAAGGAGUAUACUAAAACAUACUCUUGUGGUCCUUAAUCCAUUCAUGCCUAUUGUAACUGUAUUAAUCUUACAUGAUUGUACUUCAUGUGCCGACAACCUGAUGUUACUGUGAAUACUAAUCAGGGUCAUGAAACUACUUGCUGCUAACACUUGGAAUGUAUAGUAUUACUAACCUUAAACAAGUAGGGUUUUAUUAAGGAUAAGGGAAAAGAAGCAUGGUAUUUGUUUAAAACUUGUAACCAAGACUGGGCCACUAUUAAACAAGCUUCCACUUCAGUUGCUGAGUGACCUGUGUGUAAUCCUGUGUGGGUCCAGUUGGUUUCCAGCUGGGCUCCUCACCCUCAGUAGGGUCAGCAUCCUCUUGAAGCAAAAAUCCUAAGUCUGGGACCGGUGCUCCCUCCUUACCAAACUUAGGUGCAGUUCCGGGUUCUUGAUGCCUUUUCGUGCGGGGGGGUUGGUAUCGCGCCCGGCAGUAGAGACUGGGCGCUGGCUGAUAGCCCUGGAGUAGGAGGGGGCAGAGAAGCCGUCCUGGGCGUGGGGCCUUGCUGCGCAGCUGGUGACAGCAGUUGUAGAUAGGAGGCUUCCAGUUGAAGCCGUUCAAGGGGUAGCUAAGUAAGGCAGGCGACUGCAGCUACUUUAGCUAAACUUAAAGACGUGCAGUUUCUCGGCAAUGUUGCACAGGCUGUAGUACCUGAGAAUUCUUACCUCUGCUUUAUUACAUACCAUUCCUGCUCUUUUCCUUGGUGUGGAAAACUAAGCUAGCUGCCAGGCUUAAAAAAAAGAGAAAGUAGCUCUGCAAAAUAAAAUCCACAUCUUAAAGACAGUGCUGGCUAUUUUUCAGAAGGGAGCAAACCUCUUAAUGGCUUUAUUUUUUAGAUGUAACUUUUUAAAGUACUUAAUUCCUGGAGUCUUUGUUCAGUGGGUGGUAAACCAAUGAAGAAAACCAUACCGUAUACAUUAUUUCCAUUCUGAUUCUCAGCCACACAAGUUUAAUAAAGAUUUGUGAUGGGC